AAAGCCACGGCGCUUCCUAUUGGACGGUGGAGGUGCCGCGCCAGACAGGAGCAGAAACAGCGCCACAGUCAAACUGCGGAUCGAUCCAGGUGAUAGCCGGUGUUUAUGUUCCACUCGAUCCAGUUGCGGGUAAUACCGGCACAAGCUAACCAAGCGAACCGACCCGAGCAGGAAGCUAACGUGGCUAACUGACGUGUUGUCCCCGAGCUCGGCUGCUCUCCGCCGGACACGGAGGGAUGAGCUACCCGCUGAACCUCCAGGCUCUGCCGGCCGCGGUGUUCGAAGACGUGUUCACCCCGGAAAACGUGAGAGGAAGAAACUCCACAAACCCUCGGAUGCUGCUGAGUUUCCCCAAGUCCAGAGCGGCUCUGUGGGACGGCCCCUCAGGAGACAUGCUCCGCCUCCAGCUCUACUCGCAUAGGAAGCCUCGUGUGGUGCUGAUGGAGAAAGCUCUGCGACUGGCCCAGCGUCACGUCCGUCACAGUAACAAGCCCCGCCUCCUCUGUUUCUUCCUGGGAUCAGUGUGUGUGGACCCAGAUGAGGACGGGGUCACUGUGACUCUGAACCGCUUCGAUCCGGGUCGGGACCAGGUCGGAUCCGCGGCCAGGCUCCCUACUGCUCUGCUUCCUGGAGACGUCCUAGUUCCUUGUUUGUUUUCCACUCAGACGGAGACGUCACCGGUCACCGUUAUCCAAUCAGAGGCCGAGAUCCAUCACAGCAUCAAGGCGCUGCAGCAGUUUGUGAGCAGCAGACAGACUCUGGAUCUUUCUCAGCUGAUAAAGGUCAGAGGUCGUGUGGUCUGCUCUCAGCAGUCUGACGCCAUGGUGUUUAGUGUCAGCUGGCAGGCCAUCUGUCCGUCUGUCAGCAUGGACGUCCAGCCGGUCCGAGCCAUUCCCAUCAUCCCCACUGCUCUGCUGAGGAGUCUGACUGGCGUGGGCCGAACGCUUCAGCACGCCACCAACUGCCAUAGAGGGUUUCUGACCAUGGAUCAAACUCGGAAGCUGCUGCUGCUACUGGAGUCUGAUCCCAAAGCUGCCAACCUGCCGCUGGUGGGACUCUGGCUGAGUGGAGUCACACACAUCUACAACCCUCAAGUGAUGUCCUGGUGUCUGAGGUUCCUGUUCAGCACCGCCCUGCAGGACAGAGUUUUGUCAGAGAGCGGCUGUUUCCUGCUCGUUCUGUUCGCUGCCACUCACGGAGCUCCACAGUUCUUCCAGUGUCGACGACCAGGUCCAGGACCUGGACCUGGACCACAGCUGGACUGUGAGUUCCUCAGUGCCUCCCAGUCUGUCACACUCUACCAGCAGGUGGCGUCGGGGGACGGUCAGUCUCUGCAGUGCGAGCUGUCUCCAGACGAUCACAGACAGACGGAGACGUUCAGAGCGGCUCAGAGCUCCUUUAACAGCGCCCCCCCGUCAGCUGCCGGUGUCUCCGUCACUGAUCAGGACUCUGGAGUCGAAGACGAAGACCUUUCUCCACGACCGUCCCCGAGUCCUCAUGCCCCCGCUCAGCAGAGUCGUAGAGUUCAGCCGUCUGUUCCUGAACUCUCUCUGCUGAUUGACAGCAGCUUCACCUGGCAGGACCCUGGCUCCGCCCACAGAUGUCUUCCGCAUUCGUCAGCUGACAGGAAGUCCGCUCCUCCAACAGGAAGCACCCCCCCCUCCUCCUCCCCAGCUCCCAUAUCUCCCCCUCCUCCCCUCCAUAGCACCCCCAACUCUGACCUGCAGCCGCCCUCCACCUGCUACUCGCCUUACACCUGUAGCUCCACCCCCAUAGUCUCCUCUGCCGCUCCUCCUCCCCCCACUUUCAGAAACCAUCCAAUGACUCCUCCUGCUCCCCCCUCCUCCACCAGAGGUCUUCUCCCCCCUCCCUCACAUGACCCUUCGUCUCCUCCCUCUCUCCUCCUCCCUCCUGCUCCUCCUCAGUGCACUGAUCAGGUGGGCGGAGUCGUACAAUCAGACACCUACCAGGUCCUCCUCCACCAGGACCGACAGCUGCGCCUCCUGCAGGCUCAGGUUCAGAUGCUGCUGGAAGCUCAGAGGAGACAUGUCCACCCUCAGGAGACCAGGAGCACGUCCAGCAUCGCUGUGGGGACAGGUGCCAGUCUGUUCUGGGAAAACCCUGUCCAGUCCCUCCCCCAUCAGGAGACACAAGCCACCCCCCCCUCCUCCCCUGGCCCCUCCUCCUCCUGCAGACACUCCUCGUCACAUGACCUGUCCGUCACUGAGACUGUGGGCAGUUCUGAGGCCUGUGACAUCACAAAUCAGACGUCUCCCUGCUCCCCUACUGGUCAACACAGUUGUUUGCAGAGUCCAGCGGGCGUCACUGUGAGCAGAGGCGAGCAGCAGAGCUUCUACAAAAACCUGAUGACUCAGCUGACCAGUCGCCUGCAGGAGUCGGACCAUGGACAGGAAGUGGAGUCCAGGAGGAGAAGUGAGUCUGCCGUCUCCACCCCGUCCAGAAGGAGGCAGCAGAGUUCAGAUCCUGUGGUCAGCGCCACUCUGCGGCAGCUGCAGCAGCUCGGAGUCGACGUGGAGCAAGACGACCUGACGGAGUCCGACAGGAACCGGCUGCGAGAUGUGGAGAGUGUCAGCACUCUGGCGAGCAUUAACCCAGCAGCUGUCAUGUGCAGACUGGGCGUGUCCGAUCUGAGUGUCAGCUCCCUGUGUCCAGGCGGCAGCGUGGAUCUGAGCCUGGAGGCCAACGCCAUCGCUCUGCGUUACCUGAGCGACUCUCAGCUCAGCAGGCUGUCCCUGGGAGGCCACGCCCCUCGUCAGGGCCACGCCCCUCGUCAGGUCCCCACCUCCUCCUCUGACUACCUGCUGUCGCCUAGCAACAUGUCUCUGGGCACCAGGAGGUACAUGAGGAAGUACGGCCUGAUCGAGGAGGAGGACGGCGAGGAAGAAGAAGAGCAAGAGGAGGUCAAAGUUCAAGAGGCGUCGACUCGACAGCCACUGACCGAAGCUCCGAACGUGAAGCCCCUCCCCCAGAGUCAGCUGAUCAGAGACCUGCUGCCGAAGAUGCAGUUGUUGGCCCGAAGAGCCACGCCCCUCAGCGGCGACAAGGAGAACUGCUCCAGCAAGCGUCCAUCUUUACUGAGGACGAGCAAGCACCCGACGGAGGGGUCGGUGGGAAACAUUCUGGACCUGAGUCGCCUCAGACAGCUUCCCAAGCUGUUCUGACACGGCCCACAGAAACCCGUCUGCAGUCAGGGUCCCACUGGUUUCAAUGGACAUGUGACUCUUCAGCAGCAAAUCAAACCAAACGUCUCUUUAUGGUUCAACUGGAAAUCUGCUUUGUGUGUGUGUGCGUGAUUUACAUGUCAAG